AAUGCUGAUUCCGAAGCCCAAUUGCAAGACAGUGUGGCUAAGGCCCAAGGUGUUAUCUCUAUGGCUGGAUGCUGCAGGGCUAUAAACUUGAGAAAUUGCAAGCAGGUAGCAGAGAAGCUAGCAAAGUGGUAUGUUUUGCAGCGAACUAGGGCAGCUUACGACAGCUUUGCAGAAGGCCUUAAAGCACUUGGAGUGCUAAGUGCACUGAGAGAACAUCCCAAACAAAUGACAGCACUGUUCAUUAAGAAAGACCAACCCCUGACUGCCGAAUUUAUGGAGGAACUGUUCAAAAUUACACUCUCUGAACCAGGCAGCAAUCGGUACAAUGUGGAAUGCAGAACAGUAGGCUACUGGAGAGAUUUCUUGCAAGACUGCCAGUUGUCAAUGGCAUGCGUGUCACUAGAGGAUAUUCUAGUGUUCACUACUGGAACAAAUUAUGUUCCAGCACUUGGAUUCAACCCUGAACCAUCCAUUUACUUCCUUGAGGACAACCAAGAUUGUACCCUUCCGCUGGCAAGCACCUGUGAGAAUAUAAUACGGCUCCCUACGUUCCCUAAAACCAACGAGUCAUUCUGUGAGAAAAUGGGUUUUGGUAUCAGGAAUUCCCCUGGUUUUGGUUUUGCAUGAACCACACAUAUUCUGUUUUCUUCAAAUAGCUGAUUUUUGUUAUUGUGUUUUACACACAUUUUGAGACAUAUAGGUAUUUUUCCCCCUUACUGCAUGCUUACAAAUAAGCACAAUCUCACAGAUGUGGUUGGACUUCAAUGUCACACUAA